UAAAACAGUAGAGAUAAAACUAAGAAUACUAUUCUCAUUUCUCACGAGCAAAAGAGAGCAAAAAAAAAACCCCAAAAAAAACAAAACAAAACAAAACCAAAAAAAAAAAAAAAUGUGCUGCGACGAUUGCGAGUGCCGCCCUCUCGGCUGGCUUCUCGGCCUCCCUUUCGCCUUCCUCUCCCUCCUCGUCUCCAUCGUCGGCAUCGCCAUCUGGAUCAUCGGAUUGCUGUUGUCUUGCAUUUGCCCUUGCUGUCUUUGCGUGACGAUCUUGGUUGAACUUGCUAUUGAGCUCAUCAAAGCUCCUUUGCAUGUCAUGAAGUGGUUCACCUCUCAGAUCCCUUGUUGAUCUCUUUCUCUCUUUCUCUUCUGGACUUUGCUAUAACUCUUGUUUUUAUUAUUGUAAAUUAAUUUUUAUGUAUCUAACUGCAUCAGACACCUUGUUCUUGUAAUUUCUAAUGGUUUAAUUUCAGAUAAAUUAUUUAUAAGUAA